ACCACCACCACCUCCUCCUCUUCCGCCUUCUCACUCUCUCUACUAUUAUUAUUGCUAUUUCUGCAUUGAGUGCCCCGGGAGAGGUGUCUGCUCUUGAACUCCUUCCAGUCGCAAUUCUACCUUGCCUCCAUUCACCCAUCCAUCAUCACCCAUCUAUAAUUCCUAGACAUGUCUACACCCGCAAUUCCCCCUCGUCCGCAACGGAACGCCCAGCAGACUGCGCCCACUGCUGGCCGCAAUGAUCAGCCUCUGGUGCCUCCACGACCAGUCCGCAAAACCGAUCCCUCGCCAUCUCGUUCGCCGCUGAACCUUCCGCCGACGACUAUGGCAAACAGGCCCGCGCCGAGGAGAACAAGCCAGGACUUGCCUCGCAGACCUCCUAGUGUAUCUCUGCCUGAUAUCGGCCACGAGGGAGACGAAUACUCUAGCUUUGAUCAGCUGCCUCCCGAGGCUCAUGGCGUCAGCGUGGAAAAGGACAACGAGCAGACUCGAAAUGUCGCAGCAGAUUUGCCUAUGCACCAACCCAGGGCAUCUGUGCCCCAGUCUACUGCCACGAAGAACAUUUCAAAAGUUACGGAUACCGAUUCCACUACUGCUGCAGGACUUGGUAUCGGGCGUGCUCGACCAGCAGACGACGUGCACAAGCUGCCUCCGGGUGACGCCUCACCCUCCCGCAUCACUCGCGUGACAAGUAACACUAGGCGUGCUCCCUCUACCGAGCCACCAAACAGUCUUCGCACGAAAGCUAGCUUCAAUCGUUCUACGCCAACUCUGGUGCUGGAGCGUCAAGUCUCUCGCCCCGGUAGCGUCUAUGGUGACGACGCUGAGCAUGGCAUUCCUGAGAUCGGCCAACAGAUCCCUCUCAAUCGAUUUGCGGGAGACGCGCAAGCUCCAACUCCUACUGGUGGUCAGUCCGCGCAUGCUCCUGGCAUUGGAUUCUUCAACGACGGCUCGGCGAAGCACCACAAGAAAAGGCAUUCGAGACAGGAAUUCUUGACCCAUGACAGCUACGGUCUGGAGCACGACGAGAACCACGCCGAUCAAUUUGAAAAGGAGUGGAUGAAGAAGCACCCACAAGAGGCCGCCAAGGAGCACCACUCCCGGAUUCUUCCCAGGCCAGAGACUGCCAUGACUAGUGAUCAACUCAACAGGCUCAUCCAUAGCAGCGAUAGUGGAGCUGCACCAAUGCCUAGCACUCCAGGCGAAGAGGAUGCAUACGAAGAGUACAUUGCUCGCAUGUCUCCAAAAGUCUCUACAACCGAUCGCAAGAAGCGCACCUCCAGCGGAGAUGUCGCCCCCGACUCGCUUUUUCGCAAGACCUUCGCCUCGAAGAGCCUUCAUCCCGACCAUGCUAUAGAUGACGAACACGCUCCUCGAAGGAUGUCAUACUACGACUCAGAAGACGAGCACACGCAGCGAGAUGGUACGCCAAUUCUGGCUGCCGACGAGAUGAUGAAGAGACCAAGCAGUGCUUUCAUGCCGGCAGCUGUCAUUCCGGAGCCACGAGCUGAUGAUGACUAUUAUUACGAGAGCGGCGAGGAUUACCAUGGCGGAAGCCGCAGGAACAGCCGUCCGUCUAGCAGACCAGGAAGUGUCCACGGAGCUCAAGCAUUGCAUGGCUACGGUGGUGGCUCCCUGCAUCGCUAUGUCUCGCACGAGGAAGUCAGUCACGCAGGCGGGGGCACACCACUAGAGGAGAUUGAGGAAUACGAGCCACUAUUCCCAGACGAGGGUGAGGAGCGCUCGGAGAAACCCAAAGUGCUCAAGAAAAGGUCAGAUGUGGCUGCGAUGCAUCACUUCCCAAGCCAAGACAUUUGGGAAGAUACGCCUUCGUCUCUCCAGUAUUCUGCAGAGGUCUCUACACCGGAGGUGGAACGACAACAGGAAGCAUUGGAAGCUGAGAAGACAGCUCAUGUGGGCGCACGUACAUUUGAAACGCCUGAGCAGGAGGAGGCUCGCAAGCAAGCAGGUCCGGAUAUGACGAGCAGCGAGAAAACUUUCAUCAAACCGCACUUCAAGCCUGGCGUGCUGGAAGAUGUUAAGGCGUCGCACCGUCCAGGCGCGCAUCGCUUCCCUAGCUCAGACGUGUGGGAAGACACCCCCAGCAGUAUGCUGGGCGAGACUACGGUAUCCGUACCUGAAAUGGAUGACGUGCGAAGUCCACCAGAAGAGCGAGCUACAACUUCAGCGCUUCCCGGCAGCCAAGACGAUCUGGACGCGCGUGCGUCCACUGCAGGUGGCUUGGCAUUGAGUAAGCCGACCAUUCCUUCUCGACCUGUGCGAAGUUCGAAGUUGUCAGAGGAGAAGCCUGGAGACGAGGAAGUGAGCCCGACGAAGACAAAGGCGCCAAGCAUACCAGCAAAGCCAAGCAUACCAGCUCGACCAGUCCGACCAGCUCGCGGGGAGGGUGCGCCUCUCGAGCAGUCGAGGUCUGGAGGUGGCGAUGAGUCUGUCACGUCGCCGCCUUUGCCAAAGGCUAAGCCUGCUGUACCCGCACGUCCUGGCUCCAAGAUUUCGGCAUUGCAAGGCAAUUUUAUGAGCGAUCUGAACAACCGCUUGAAGCUUGGACCUCAAGCACCACAUAAGAAGGAGGAGCCGCAGCUUAAUGAUGAGGCGGCUCGGGAACCGCUUGCCGAUGCUCGCAAGUCUCGUGCCAAAGGGCCGCCUCGCCGUAAGCCAGCUGCAUCGGCGCCUGCUGAGCGCAAACAAACCUUUACGUUCGCAAUGUCACCUCUGAUCACUUGCUGGACGAUUGAUGAAACAGACGAGCUGCAGGUUCAGAACGAAUCCGAGAAGGAAAACAAGGACCCGGAGACUGCGCAUGAUGCACCCGAGGCAGAGCAGACCCUGGAGUCGAACGCUCAGGAUAACACCGACGCAGCCGCGCCGACGGAAGCUAACGAUGUAGCAUCUGCAAUCUCCAAAUCGCGCCACCCGUCCGAGACGGCCCAAGGGCAUGCUUCGUCCGCAGAUGCUCUCAAAGCAGCUCUUGCGGAAGCCGGGGCCGGACCAGCUGUCGCGGUGAUAGAGGAAGAGGGGGAAAAGCUUCCGUCUGCCGAGACUGUCAAGAGUGUUGUACUCGAUGUCCCUGAUACGACAGAGACCACUGGGGAGGUCAAGGCAGAAGUCGUACCAGGCGCGUUUCCAGGCGAAGAGAGUGAACUCGUAGUCAACGCAUAGCAAAGGGUGCAAAUGGAGUGUUGUCGGCAUUGUGAGCGGAGGACAAAAAGUUGUUUGGGCGACUAUGACGUGGGUAUAUACGGCGAAUAAGGCGAGGGUGUUGAAGUUGCUAUUUCUAGCGAGCUUGUCGGAGUUGUCAGGCAACAUGCGGAUUGUUGUCAUACUGCUAACAGCAACACAGUGCGCAACAGCGCGAGGCUCCUCGAGCUUGCUUGUCGACCCUUUCCUUGCCUUUGGGCUGCCAAAUGCCAAAUGGCAGUGAGCCCGAGUGAGCCAACAUUUGUCCAAUAGAUUCUAUGUCCUCUGCACUGAGCGGAGGAAUAUGCCUCACCGCUACAGGUAGGUAGGUACCUUUGAAACAUGUCUUGGC